AUGAGUCGCUACUCGUCAGACCACAACUAUCCGCUGUCGGAAGACAAGGACAGCCAUGGCCACGAAAAGCCCAUCCCCGAUGUCGAACUGGCACACCACGCCUCGGUCCACAUUGUGCAGGCAGCCGACAGCGACCACCUGAAGCGUUCGCUUUCCGCACGCCAGGUGCAGAUGAUUGCCAUCGGAGGCACGAUCGGCACGGGUCUCUUCCUUGGCACCGGCAAGAGCCUGCACACCGGUGGUCCCGCGUCCAUGCUCAUUGCAUACUCGAUUGUGGGCGCCAUCGUGUUUGUCACCAUGCUCUGUCUCGGAGAGAUGGCCGCCUUCAUUCCCGUGGCCGGCAGUUUCUGUACCUUUGUUGGCCGUUUCGUCGAUGACGCGCUUGGCUUUGCGCUUACUUGGAACUACUGGUUCAACGACGCCGUGUCCACUGGCUCGGACCUGGUCGCUCUGCAGCUCAUCCUCGAGUACUGGACUGACCAGUUCCCGGGCUGGGCACUGAGCUUGAUCUUUUGGGUGGUCAUCAUGGGUGUCAACCUGUUGGCAGUCCGGUUCUAUGGAGAGCUGGAAUACUGGCUCAGCUUGAUCAAGGUCAUUACGAUUAUUGUCUUUAUCAUCAUGUCAAUCGUCGUCAACUGCGGUGGUAACAAGGACCACCAGUACAUUGGUGGUUCCAACUGGCUCAUUGGCGAUGCCCCCUUCGUCGGUGGCAUCGGCGGGUUUGCAUCCGUGUUCGUGACGGCUUCCUUUGCCUACGGUGGAACCGAGUCGAUCGCCAUUACCGCUGGUGAGACGAAGAACCCGACCAAGAACCUGCCAAAGGUCGUGAGGAACGUGUUUUGGCGCAUCCUCCUGUUCUACAUUCUCUCCGUCCUCCUCAUCGGUCUGAACGUUCCAUACGACUAUCCCAACCUCAGCACCAAGACCGCGUCGACCUCGCCCUUUACCAUCGUGUUCCAGAUGACGGGGGCCAAAGCGGCCGGCAGUGUCAUCAACGCCGUCAUCCUUACCUCUGUGCUGUCUGCAGGCAACCACGCCUUGUUCGCCGGAGCGCGUUUGCUGUACACCCUUGGCAGUGAAGGUCACGCCCCGCGGUUCUUCGCCAGGCUCAACUCGCAGCAGGUCCCAUGGAUCGCUGUGCUCGCUACAGGGUUCAUAUCUGGCCUGUGCUUUGGCUCGUCGUUCAUCGGUGCUGGCCAGCUGUGGACGUGGCUUCAAAAUCUUGUCGGCGUGUCAAACCAGCUCGCAUGGCUCUUCAUUGGCAUCGCGUCCAUCCGCUUCCGCCGCGCACUCAAGCUGCAGGGCAAGACGCACCUCCUGCCGUUCAAGAACUGGACGUACCCAUGGGGUCCGUGGAUCGCCAUCGUCCUCAACGCCGUCAUCAUCCUCGUACAAGGCUGGUCGUGCUUCAGUCCCACAUUCGCCGCUGUCGACUUUGUCAGCUAUUACGUCGAGAUCCCGAUCAUGUUCGUCAUGUACUUGGGGUGGAAGAUCAUCAAGAAGACGCGCUGGGUGCACCUGGAGGAAAUGGACCUCGAGACGGACGUCUACACCGUCGCUGAUGAAGAGGAGGAGCCUGAGAAGCACGGCGCGAGGAAGUGGUUCUCAAAGGUCUUGCCCUGGUUAUUCUAA